AUGACUACUCCUAUGGAACCUUGCUUGAAAUUAACUAAAGAUGAAGGAAAACUAUUGGAAGAUGCAACACUUUUCCGACAACUUGUUGGUAGUUUAUUCUAUUUAACUAUCACAAGGCCUGACAUUUUAUACUCUGUAGGAGUUAUCUCUCAGUUUAUGGAAAAACUACGUGAGAGCCAUUUAAUUGCAGCAAAGAGGAUUCUUCGCUAUGUAAAAAGCACUUUGAAUUUUAGGUUAUUGUAUAAGCAACAUGCAUCAUUUUCUCUGACUGAUUUUGUAGAUACAGACUGGGCUGGUAAUGUGAAUGAUAGGCGCUCCACAACAGGGUAUUGUUUUAAUAUAGGUUCAACAACAGUCUCAUGGUACAUCAAAAAGCAAAUUAUUGUUGCUAUUUCAAGUUGUGAAGUUGAAUAUGUAGCAGCUACUAUGGCCACUCAAGAGUUGUUUCAUGCCCGCACAAAACACAUUAAAACACAUUAUCAUUUCGUUCGAGAAAAGGUUUUGACUAAAGACAUUCAGCUGCAGAAAAUACGAACUGAAGAUCAAGUUGCUGAUAUAUUUACCAAAGCACUUGGCAAAGCAAAAUUUGAAGUGUUUCGAAGUGCUCUUGGUGUUGUUGACAUUAAGUUUGCACUAAGGGGGAGUGUUGCAAAUCAGUGA